AUGGAAGGACGUAAAAAGUUCACCAUAUCUGAAUUAUGCGACCAACUUCAACUAGCCCAAAUCGAAGUCAUCCCUUGCAAAGUUUGUGGUGACAAAUCGUCUGGUGUGCAUUAUGGUGGUUUCUUUCGCCGUUCCCAACAAAAUACGACAAAUUAUCAGUGUGCCCGACAACGUAAUUGUAUUGUCGACAGAGUUAACCGUAACAGAUGCCAAUAUUGUCGAUUAAAGAAAUGUAUAGAAUUGGGAAUGAGUAAAGAUGCUGUUAAAUUUGGAAGAAUGAGUAAAAAACAGAGGGAAAGAGUUGAAGAUGAGUACCGAAUCGUGACACAAAGAAGUGGAGAGUUUUCUCCUUCUUCCUCAGCACCGAAUUCGAUAUCUUCGUCUCCAGUAAUUCCUCAGGCUGCAAGUGCACCCCCGUAUGCUGCAGCACAUCAACAUUUUGUCUCAUCCCUGCCAACUAGUGGAGGGGAAUUUAAGCCUUUUUCUCCAAAUGGUGGAGUCAUUUCCUCAUCAUCAACUUCUUCCUCAUCUGCUUAUUUUACUCCAAAUAAUAUUUAUGGUCAUCCAACAACAAUAUGUCAUGGAGGGGAACCUCUAAAUACUUCCCAUUCAUUUAUUGACCAACAGCAAAUGUCUUCACACUUUUUGCCUCACAACAAUUUAUUAAAUCAACCGACAUGUUCAUCUACAUAUACACAACAACCUCCACAUGGACUCGCCCCGAUAUCCCCCUCUUGGGCCUCCCAACCUUUUGGACAACAUCCACACUUGAUUGCGCACCCUGGGGCUGUUCCGUCUAGCAGUGGUGGUUAUCCUCCAAUGUCAGAGCCACUCUCUCUCAUUCAACAAGGCCAUAGCACGGUUUCUUCAACUGUCGAUGACGAUCUGAUAAAAAAUGUUAGUAGAGCAUAUGAAGCAGCACAUCCACAAAGCAUUAACAACAAUCAUUUGGGGGCUUCUUUUGACUCGUUAAUUGAUGCGCAACAAGUGGCGCGACUUAAAGAUAUGAACCGAACAGAAGGAUGGCUGAAAUUUGCAAAUGAAUUAAGCUCUUUAAUUAAAUGUAUUAUUGAAUUUGCAAAGGCGGUUAAAGGAUUCGAAAAAUUGGAACAGGACGAUAAAAUACUGGCACUGAAACAGACUACUUUUGAUCUGUCUAUUAUUGCUAUGGCACAGGUUAGAGAAAAAUAA